GAGAGAGAGAGGGAGAGGAGCAGGUUGCACUGCAGGAGCAUCAGGAGUAAUAAAGUGGAGGGUGGACGUGGCCCUCUCCUCUUUUCGCCUGCCUCCUCCGCAGUGCACUUGCAGUACUCCGGACAGGACGGUCUCCUGCACCUCCUCCUCCGCCUCGUCUUCACUCUGUGUGCUGGUGCGUUAGUGUGUAAGUAGUGGCGCUGCUGCGGAGGUGCACCUACACUUGCAACUGACUCCGGUCCAGAGGUCCCGGACAGACGCGCGAUGGUGCGGACUCAUUGAUAAAAUCCGUGCCGCUGGAAUUAAAAUGAGCACUUCUGCUGAGCGGCUCUCCUCAUACACAUAGCUCUGCUUUCUCUGCACAACAUCUCUUUUAUGUGACUCCGGCUGACGAAUCAGGAUGACUUCUACCUUAUCGCUGGUCAUUUCAUGCGCUUUGGUGGCAGCGGUGCUGGCCUCCAAGACGGAGCGGGCUGUGCUUCUCUCCUGCGAAUCUCGCCAGUUCACCAGGAAUGGAGAAUGCUGCAUUGAGUGUCCACCUGGAGAGGGAGUGUUGAAGAAAUGCGGCGUUACUCAGACCGUCUGCACUCAGUGUUUGGACAGCGAGACCUUCUCUGAGAACUACAGUCAUACAGAGGAGUGCAAGACAUGCACUCAGUGCACCGGGUUGAUGCGGAUGGAGACGCCAUGCACCGACUCCAACGAUGCCAAAUGCAUUUGUAACUAUAACUAUUUCUUCAACACUGUAACUGGCCGUUGUGAGCAGUGUACGGUAUGCCCUUUGGGACAGGGCGUGUACUCCCACUGUGAUCACGAUCACGACACGGUGUGUGAGGAAUGUGUCGACGAAACCUUCUCUGACGAGGAAAACUCCCUCGAACCCUGCCUGCCCUGCACCAUCUGUGAUGAAAACGAAACACAACAAGCUAAUUGCACGCCAACCAGUGACACUGUCUGCUACAAUCCUAGUUUACCUACCGAUGUCAUUCCUACCUCCGAUUUGGAUAUAUCUUCAUCCUCCCUCCCUGAUCCCUUCCUUCCUGAUGCCUCCUACAGCCCACUGCCAGGAGGAGAAACGACUACGUCCAGCGCUGGUUCUCCUCGCUUCCUCGGUCACGGCCUCAAUGAAAACCUCAUACCCAUCUACUGCUCUAUCCUGGCUGCCAUGGUGGUGGGUCUUGCCGCUUAUCUCAUCUUUAGGAGGUGGAAUAGCUGCAAACAGAACAAACAGGCAGCUAAUAACCGUGGAGCUACAAAUAACCAGAUGGUGACGCCGGAAGGAGAGAAGUUGCACAGUGACAGCGGGAUCUCAGUGGACAGUCAGAGUCUGCAGGAGCAGCAGCAGCAGCAGCAGCAACAGCAGCAGGCCCAGGCUGAAGUCCAGCCUCAGCCUUCGCACUCUCAUACACAGGAACAGAUAGUGGUUAGGGUGGAUGGGGGCCCCCAGCCUGACUCGCCUCCCCCUGAAGUCUGAGGAGACGGAGGCCCGAGACAAGGAGAAGACAGUGGGGACUUAAACAGUGGACCAAAAGGAAGACAGGCGGCCACAGAAUGUAAAAACUGACUCUGAUUUAUAUCUGAAGCUGCCACAGAGCGACAUUUCGACUGAUAAGGACCUCCCAGCACCUUUGGGCCACACGCUGACUCUUCCUCCAUGCACAUACAGUGUGCCUGGACACAAUCUCUUUGGCAAUAUCAACCAAAAUCUGAACCUGUGUUACACAGAUAGGUAGAUAUUUGCCAGUGCAUCUUGUAUUACCUGACUAUUCCAGUAGGACAUGACAUAAUUCUCACUAGCUGCCAGUUUAGAACCUCCUUUCCAUCUCAAAGCUUUUCAUUUACCUUUAAAUUUUAUGAUCACUUGCAAUGAAACAUCUAUGCCUGAUAGGUAAAUAGGUAGAAAGACACUUCAUUAUAUUCCCUCUUUUUUCAUGAGCAUCGAAGAGACAAAGGGAGCUUGUCCGUCUCACAUCUUGCUCUGUGGCGUCCCACUCUUGGAUAAUCCUCUGCCUCUCUCCACGAGAUUCACUCUAUUAGACCCCCACUGUCAUCAGCGAUACGAAAAGCAACAGGGGAGCCGUGAGUCACUCCCAACUUCUUCUGAAAUUUCUUUCUCUUGUAUCAUUUAACCACAGAUGCGUUUCAUGUCAUGUUGUCUUAUAAAAAGUCUGCGUCAUUGUUUGAGAUUGGCUACGCCGACUGAUGCGAGUGACUCAUAUUUGGAAAAAGAGGUUAACUGUUUUUUGUUUUUUUUUGCCUCAGUGAGAUGCUUCUUCCUGACUUUCUCUCACAAACUAACCUCCGUUACGGCACCUAAAAAGGAUUGUGUUUCGGUAAUUUCACGCUUUUAAUU